GUCUCAGUCGGUUGGGAUUCAUUGCAAUCCGUUCCACGGACAACUCCACUCAUCUCUUUUUCUCUCUCUCACAUACUCACAUACUCAAUCACGUUUCAUCCCUCAUUUGCUGAAGCGUGUAAUUCAAGUGUCAUCCCUCAAUCUUCCGGUUCGUUUCCUUCAAAACACAGUUGACACCGUCGAAAGAAGAAAAAUUGCCAUCGUCAUGAAUCUAGUUGAGCAGAUAAUCUUCGUGACUCUGUCAGUCAUCUCGCUGUGCCAUUUCGGCGAUUCUUCCGUCUGGCCGAUCCGUGCGGAUGCCUGGUCUUCAUCAUCACAUCAAGUGGUUCGGAGAGGGGCGCUUCCGUAUUGGUUGAGGGCGCUGCGGGACGGCGGUCGACUGAACGCGGCGGAUGGCCGUUUGCGGAAGAAUCGCGACGCGGAAGACGUGUUCCCAGUCGUCGCCGAGCGCUACAUUCAACAAGCUCAGAACGGAAAAAUCAUCGCAUCCAACAGCAAAGGCAAUAACAACAACAACGUGGACGACGCCAUGAUUUUCGGCGAGGGCGGCAGUAGCAGCAGCAGCAGCAGCACGAACAAAGUACUAGUUAAUGGAGCCAAUUCCGGUGGAGCCAGCAUCGAUUUUGGAGUCGAGGAUCCGAUGAAAAAUCGGUCGCCGCAACUGCAUCACGGACGUCCUGCCUGCAACAAGAGCAGCUCGGCCACCACCGGCGGCGGCGGCGAUAGCGUCGAUGCGAGCCCCCAGUCGGAAGCGGCUGACGUUUCACCGUCGGUCGACUUCUUCAUCGAUCAACCCGAUUGGGCUCCGCUGGUGAACGAAUCUCAGUGCCAAUCUUACGGGCCGUCGCAGUUCUGCGAGAACGUGACCAAUUAUCCAGCGGAAGCCAUCAGCAAGAUUCUCAUGUCCGAAAACGGAAGCAUCCUGAAAAAUUUUUUCGCCGACAACACUGCUCAACCGUUUCCGUCAGCCAGCGAAUCGGACGAGUCCAUGGUGUUGGCCCAGCGCAAACCCGGAGGAGCUCCGGCCGUGACAGCGCACGCCAUCAACACCAGAACCAAACCGUUAGAGUCCGGAAACGUUCAACAUCUUUGCGAGUCAAUGACGGAAUUCAAGUUCCCGAAAUCGGCCAAGAAUAAUCAAAACGAAAUGCUGACCAUCGUCAACCAGGACAACAUCUCGCAGCCCAUCACCGUGGAAACUUGCCGGAAUGAAAACCAACCGUGCAAGUACGCCGACAACUUCCCGGCUGGAUACAAAUCAUUUUGCAUGCAGAAAUACGUCACACAUCAUUUGGCGGCCCUGAAAAAUGGCAAGAUCGUCCGCGAAGCCUUCACCUUCCCGUCUUGCUGCGUCUGCGUCCUCAAGCUUUGGGAUGCCCGCACUAACAGCGCAGCAGAAGCGAGGGGCAUUGCCAUGCCGUCAUCUCUUCGCCGAAUGGCAUCUGAAGUCGACGUGCAACAAUCGCCCUAGCCAGCUCGAAAUUGGAUUUUUUGACUUGUAGAUGGACGUCGGGGGAGCCAUCGAGUCAUUGAUUGCAAAUAACGACAAUGUCAACGCCACGUCAUCUUCCGACUCCCAGUGAGACUCUUCCGCAAAAGAAAAACACGCCCGAAUAUAUACUCUGAUGCCCCUGUCUCUGUUAUAUCUUUUCGCCAAGGUACUAUAUAGAUAACUAUUUCAGAUAUGUGUGCUCCCCCUCCCCCUGUUCCUUUCAUGUCGCAAAUAACGGGCUGACAGGCAAAGAAGAAAAAGAAGAUAGAGAGAGAUGGACUGUCGGUCCGGCGUGUAUAGUGAGGUACAACGGCGAGCUCACGAACAAACAGUAAUAACUAAGUCUCUCUCUCUCUCUCUCUGGGUUCCAAAUCACUCGCCGAUUUUCAGCGCGCUGUUCAAUAAUGCUCUCUCCCUCACACACAUGUGUGUGCGUGUGUGUGUACGUGCCGUUGAUUUUUGUUGUUUUCACAAUAACUUCCCUUAAAUUUAAUUUAUUUCAAGUUGAUGAUGAGGACCUCGACUCGACAAACCAGAAUCGUAUCCAUAUCAGCCAUAUAGGUUUGAUGACUAUAUUUAUCCCCCC